AUGCCCCAACUUUGUGUCCCUCGUGACCAAACUGUACUGGGUACCGGCAUCGAGGAUCGACUGCACGAACCUCAAACCGGACCACGUGAUGAAAAUUGUGAGCAGCUCGACUUGCACGUCCCUGCUUUCCAGUGCCUGCCAUGGGUAAUCUCUCCCAGCCCAAGCAACAAUGGAAGCUGCCUGAAAAUAGAGUAUCAACAGCACCCACAGCCUAUCGAAGCUCCGGAAGAUGUUCCAGAAUGUUCUCUGCUCGACAAAUCCGGCCGAAUGUGGGGCCGUUCCAUUUCUACUCCGGGUGACCUCACCUUUAAUCGUGACAUAAAUAGGCGUAACAACAUUAUCCAAGAAACCAAACUGUUUACAGGUAGAGGGUACAAAAAACUGGCCUGUGUUUUCAUCAAUGUGGUCAUCGAGAAUGUAAUUGAGCUCCAAGGCCAUGUGGUGAUAUAUGUAGCACAAACACUCUGGGGUAAAGCGCAGGUUAGCGGCCUCACCCCAUAUGAGAAGAUAAAGGCAUACAUACAGAAGCUCACGCCGCUCGAGAUCGGGGUUGUGGCGGUUGGGCAGGCGGACCUGGGACCUCUUCCCCAGGUAGGAGCACCAGGAGGUGUAAUUUUUGAGAAGCUUGAGGCGGAAGCGGCGGAGGACGCCGGUGUCGAGGCGGUCGGCGGCGGGGGGCGGCGGCUGGAGUCGCAUCUGGGAGUUGGAGAGGUGGAGGACGAGGUGCUCCCGCUGGUUCCGGACGUUGUCGUCUUGGAAGCCGAAGAAGAGGCCGAGCCAGUCGAGGAGGUCCAUGGAGUCGCGCCACGGGUUGAACGGCGGCUUGCGGAGGUCGCCGGCGGAGCGGAGGGCGGCGGCGGCGGCGCGCACCUCGGGGUAGCGGAGGGAAGGGUGGUCGGCGAGGCUCGGAUAGCAGCGGGUGUGGAGCGGCUCCCGGCGGCGCGUGGGGUGCACGGCCGCGGGCCGGGGUCGGGCGUUGCCGCAGAUUCAUGGCAUAAGUCGGAAUUUCCCGCCGGAUUCUUCGAGGGUUGCCAAAAUCUGCGAAAUUUUAGAGAGGAUUGA